AUGCCCAUCUUCCACAGCUACCAAAUCACACCCUUUGGGGUCACCUCAAGACCUUUGGAGAAUUCACAGCUCGUGGGGUCCAGGAUCGUCAUCCAGCAAGCUGACAGGCAGGUAGACGAGAUGUUUGAAGAGAUGUGGACCACUCUUGGCCGCCCCUCUGUGAUGCUUGUAGAUCUUCGCCCCGUCAGCCCUCCUAUGCUUCUUGUUACAAGUCACAGCAUUGCAGAACAAAUAUCCAGGCCAUCUCAACAACUGCCUUUCAGCACGCCCAAGUCCUCGACCUGGACCCAUAUGAUUCCAAUCAUUGGGAAAACUUCGAUCUUGGGUAAAGAGGGCCAAGAGUGGAAAGAUCUCCGCAAAAAGUAUAACCCAGGUUUCAUGCCUCAGCAUCUGUUGAGCCUCAUGCCUCUCAUUCUCGCGAAGAUGGAACCGUUCUGGAAUCACUUGAAUCGAUCGGCCGCAGCCAAUGCAGAAUUCUCUUUGGAGGAACUGAUUGCAAACUUGACUUUUGAUGUUAUAGGCGUAACUGUACUUGAAGUACAACUCAAUGCACAGCAUUUGAAUCCUUCAGAGCAAGACCAGCUCGUACAUCUCUUUCGGCCCCUUCUUCAAACGUACAAGGACGAUAAGAAUAACUUUCCAUGGUGGAUGGUUCCCUUAACCACGUUCAAGCGGCAUCGACUAGCCAAGAAAAUCGAUGUGCUGGUCAAGGAUAAAAUCAAGCACAAGUACAGCGACUUGAAGAAUGAGGCAGAAGAAAACGGAUCGAAGAGUAUACUCGCCCUCAGCCUCCGCGACACCGAAGCUCUGACACCACAGCUCCUCUCGGAAAUGUCAGAUCAAGUCCGUACUUUUCUAUUCGCCGGAUAUGACACGACGAGUAGUAUGCUGCAGUGGUUGCUCUAUGAACUCAGUCGUACGCCCCGAGCCCUCAAGGCUGUUCGCGACGAACUUGACGAGGUCCUGGGGCCGCAGACUGACCCCGAGAGGAUAUGCGCUUCUCUGUUAGAGAAUGGCCAUCAACUCAUGACGCGCAUGCAUUACAUCAAUGCCGCCAUCAAGGAGACGUUGCGACUUUACCCUCCUGCCAGCACCGCUCGCAUGACGGGACCGCGAAGCGGGUUCACGAUCAGCACUGCGGCCGGCGAGGAUUACAAUGUCGACGGGCUCGUCAUGUACUCGUGCCAAAAGAUUAUUCAUCGUGACCCUGCCGUCUUUGGAGAUACUGCGGACGACUGGGAACCAGAGCGGUGGCUUGGAGACGCAGCCAAAAGUAUUCCCGCGGGGGCCUGGAGGCCGUUUGAGAGGGGUCCGCGCGCCUGUAUUGGCACGGAGCUUGCCAAUCUUGAAGCCCGUCUCAUUGUCGCCAUUGUUGCUCGAAAAUACGACUUUAUCAAGACGGGUCUCGGUGCCAGCGCUCUGGACAAGGAGGGCCAACCCAUGUUGGAUGAAAAGGGGCAGUACCAAGUAAAGUCAAAAUUAUACAAUACUCGUAGAAUGACAGCACAGCCAGUAGACGGUACAAUGAUGAAGGUCAAAGCGGUUGUUUGGCCAAAAGACUAG